AUGGCCAAGCUGGUGAAGAUCUCCGCCGAGCAGCUUAACAACAACACCAACAGUCCAGCCCUCUCCUGCGAGUAUUGUCCUAACCUCGUUUUUAAAAAAACUGCUGAUUUUGUCAAACACUUGCGAGACUCCCACUGUUCAAAAGAAGGCGGCUCGUUCGUCUGCCACUAUGGCUACAACUCAGUGUGUUCGAGCCUGCCACUGGAGGGAGUAUCGGACAGCGAUUACAUAGCCCACGCAGGAAAGCACGCGGUGAUGCAGCAGAGUGCCCUGAAGAACGGAGUAUCACCAUCGGGAAACUACGCGCAGACAACGGGGAUGUCAAAGCCGACGUGGACGGUGUAUUCCGCGGCAGCUAACCUCCCGGCAGUCUUGAACGACCCAAAAAAAGGAAAGCAGGGGAACUUCCUGACCAAGACCUGGGGCGACGGAUUCACAGAACACGUCAACAUCCCCAAGAGCCAGUACCUUCCUCCAGAUGUCACUAUCAACUACUUCGACGGGUACUUGAAAAAAAUCGGCAGGAGGUACCGGCGACACUCCACCAGGUCCCAGACCUCGAUAAACUCGAGCUCGUCGACCUCGUGCCAGGAGAGGGAGGAGUUUGACUUCUCGAGCAUUCCCAGUAUUUUUAGGAACCCCAAUUUGGAUCUGUCUAGUCGCGACACCUUUGAGAAUGUCUUUCCCUUCACUAAAGACGGCUUGCUGGCGAAGACCGAAGUUUCUACCAAUGAUGUCAUGCUUCAGGUCAGGUGCUAUCAAGAGAAGUUCAGCCACUACCUGGACAUCGUUGAAGUGAGGAUCGCUGAGCAGGUCGCCAGCAAGUCUCAGGCUUUCUUCCAGGCGAUGACCUCCCAUGAUGUCUUGAUGGAGCAGCUCACGCAGACUAUUAAUAUCUGCAAGGCUUUGAGGAGGAAUAUCAAAGAUAUUAAUAAGAAUUUUGUUGUUGAUUCUUUGAAUCUUUUGAGCCAACCAAUGAUCCAGUUGCUUCUUUCGACGCCCGAUUACGUCGCAGCACUUGAUCUAAUAUCAACGACCCAAGAAAUCCUGCACCAGGAACUCAACGGUAUUCAGAGCUUCCGACACUUGAGUUCCCAGUUGACUGAAAUGGAGAAGCUGGUCGACAAGAUGCUUUUCACCGAGUUCCAAAGGUACUCGACUGCCGAUCUGAACCGACCACUCACCGCUGACUAUUCUGUUCUGGAUGCUGAUAAAUUGGUGUCAAUAAUAUCGGGACUGCUGAGACAGAAGCACUUUCAAUUUAUUGAUACUUACAAGGAAGAAAGCAUUACGACAAUUCGUGCUGUGACCAAGCAACGUAUUAUUGAAGCACUAGCCGCCAGUGAUUGUUGUAGUGAUCAACAAGCUGCUGCGCUAGAGGUCACUGGUUUGUCGUUGACUGAACGGUUGACCUUAUUGUCGAGUACUAUUCAAUCUUUGACUAGUUUGUUGAUGCGGAUUAGGGCUGUGUACGAAGUAAUGAGUGAAACAGCAUCUUUAUCCAGUGAUAAUGUAGAUAGAAAUAAUAUAGAUAAAUUAUUAACAACCGAGGAAUACUUACGGGUUAAGAAUAAGCUUAAUGAUAUGUUAUCAACAAUAUGUGAUUAUUGUCAUGAACGACUGGCAAGUCAACUACUUUCACCUUCUGUGUCUGCAAAUAAUGACCGAGAGAAGAAUAUAAAUGAGUCUAACAAAGAAGCUACUGUAGUUAAUAGUAACAAUAAGUUCAACAGCGACAAAGAGGCAAUUUCGAUACUCAAAGAUGACAAUUCAUGGCUGAGUGACCGUGGCGCCACUGUCACUCAGGUUUGCCAACUGGCGAGUAUCAUUGACGAAUUUACCGAUACCUGUGAAUUGAUAUGCGGUAAACAGUGCACUGCGCUUCGUUCUGCCUUUAAAGUGAAUACCGAAAUGUGGAAGCAGGCUGAUAUUCCACAAGACUUUCAGAUAUUAAUAGACCGCGUUCAUCAGUUUAAAAAAUUUCCCAAAGAAUUAUUGUCUGUAAAAAUUAAUAGUAAUAAUAUUAACGAUUGUCCUAGUGGACUUAGUGAUGUAAAAAAUUUUUUAACUAUCGAUAAUGAACAAUUUGCUGUUGUUAGUUCUGUUAUUAAGCUUGUACAAAUGAUUGAUGAUAUAGCUACCGAAUUGCAAGUCUUGUCUGGAAGUAUAGGGCGUUAUUUAGCAGAGUUACUUCGUCAUUACAAUUCGCGGUGUUGCCAAUUGGUGCUAGGCGCUGGUGCGAUGCAAGCCGCGGGAUUGAAGACUAUUACCAGCACCAUUUUAGUGCUUGCCAGUCGUAGCUUGAAGCUUUUAUUGUGGUGUAUGCCAUUUGUUAAGUCGCAUUUCCAAGAAUUAGCAAAUUCUACCCGCGGGCCAGGUUUAGGAGGAACUGUCGGAGGAACAGGUGGGGUGGCGCUGCUGGAUAGCGUGGAACGCGAUGUGCGCGCGCACAUUAGAGAAAUAGAGGGCAAGAUCUUGACAAUUGUUGACAAUUUAGUAGGUGGACAAAUUUCUAUCUGGGACGCGCGUCCUCCAGUGCCCUCACAGUCAUUCCGCAAUAUUUCCAGACAUUUAGUGAAAUUACACGAAGCAGUUUCCGGAAUAUUACCAGCAGCUGACGUCCAGUCGCUCUACCGGACGGUAAACAGCUCCUUCAAGGAGAAACUACGGGAACAAUUAUUCAAAAUGAACAUUGUAAAUAACGGCGGGCCCCAACACGGGGUCGUGAUUUCCGAGCUGACCUUUUAUCUUGAGGCACUAAGAAACCUUAAGGUCCUGCCUUACGACGAGCUAAGCGACGAUUGGAUGGCAGACAUUUGGACCAGAUAA